GCACGUGGGGGUCCUAACUCCUGACACACGAGUAAAUCCACCAGGACACCAGCUUCUUCCCCGCCCAUGGUUUCUCUCGCACUCUCUUUUAUCGUGUACCCUCGAUUGGGACAGUUCGUUUUCUCUAUUUCUUUGUCAUCUUUUUGUUUAGCUGAUGAUCAUUGGAUGAUAAUGUUCACGGUUUCAUCAAUUUUUUGGGUCUUUGCAUCUAAUUACGUGUUCUAAUUCAUCUUCAGAUGCGAAUAAGACAGAUCAGAUCUAAUUGGUUUUUGCAUUCUUUUCUAGACCCUCGUCCCAAUUUUUUCUUCAAAAAUCAUCCAAUUUACCCUGUUGGGUCAUUGGAAUUCUGCGUUUUUUGUGUACAGUAUAGGAUUGUCGGAUGAAAAUUCUUGUUAAAGCCAAUCAUAUUAGAGUUCUAACUCAUAUCUUGUGGGCUGGGUCUCUAUUAAAUUGAUUCAAAAAUCUGUUCUUUUUCGAUUGUUGGGUGUUUUAAUUGGUGGGUUUGUUAUAAAUAUGGUUACUGUCAAUCUUGGGAUGCUCCACUAUGUGUUGGACCAUAUAUAUGGUGCGUUUAUGCACAGAACAAGGAUAAGCCCACUAUUCUUUUCUAGAGGAUGGGGUGGUACAAAGCUUGAUCUUCUAGAGAGAAUGAUCAAGCAGCUAUUCCCUGAUAUUGAAGGCCAGAAUUGGCCUCCCUGCCUGGUCCAACCCAUUUGGAGAACAGUUUGGGAAUCUAAGACUGCUGUCCUGAGAGAAGGGGUAUUUAGGACUCCUUGUGAUGAGCAGCUUAUCAGUGCAUUGCCUCCGGAGAGUCAUAAUGCCCGAGUAGCUUUCCUUGUUCCAAAGUAUGUGCCACCACAAAAGAUGGCCUGCGUGGUUCAUCUUGCAGGCACUGGGGACCACACCUUUGAGCGGAGAUUGCGUCUUGGUGGACCAUUGUUGAAGGAAAACAUAGCAACAAUGGUGCUUGAAAGCCCUUUCUAUGGAAAGAGGCGUCCAGUGCUGCAGCGUGGUGCAAAACUCUUGUGUGUGAGUGACUUGCUGUUAUUAGGAAGAGUCACCAUUGAAGAGGCCCGCAGCCUUUUAUACUGGUUAGAUUCGGAAGCAGGGUUUGGAAAAAUGGGUGUUUGUGGACUUAGCAUGGGUGGAGUGCAUGCUGCUAUGGUUGGAUCUCUGCACCCUAUCCCUGUUGCUACACUCCCUUUUCUCUCUCCACACUCUGCUGCGGUGGCAUUUUGUGAAGGGAUUUUAAAGCAUGCUACUGCCUGGGAAGUAUUAAGAGAAGAUCUUGCUGCGCAUAAGGCCGCAAUGACGCUUGAGGAAGUGAGAGAGCGUAUGAGAAAUGUGUUGUCUCUCACGGAUGUCACACGCUUCCCAAUCCCAAAAAAUCCACAAGCUGUCAUUUUUGUUGCUGCAACUGAUGAUGGGUACAUCCCAAAGCACUCUGUGCUGGAGCUUCAAAGGGCUUGGCCUGGCUCAGAAGUGAGAUGGGUUACUGGCGGGCAUGUCUCAUCCUUCGUUCUCCACAACGAUGAGUUUCGCAGGGGAAUUGUGGAUGGGCUUAACAGAUUAGAAUGGAAAGAAUCUCCCUUGUGCCGAUAAAAUGGGAUGUGGGAGAAGACAUAACAACAUUCAUCUGUAUCGAUGUGCGCCUCUUUUUUCCAUCUAUAAACUGCACUAUACAGCUGAUAUCUGAUUUUCUGUAAGCACCCAACCAAUGCAAUGAACAAGAACAACGAGGGUGCUCUGUAACAUAUUUUUUUUUUGUGGCUUUCGUUUCACUGAAAGUAAAUGUUAUAUUUAAUGAAAAGAAUGUUACUGACAAUGUUAUAUUUAGCCAAAUUUAAAUAUCAAUGAAACUAUGAAAUUGUUGAAGUUUAUAUGU